UGUGCAAGCAAUCAUGGUGCAAGUUUGUUUCGUUUUUGUUACCUGCUUUUUCCUUGCAGGAAUAGUCAGUUCAGUUGAUUUUCCUAGAGUAUCAACUAAACUUGGAGAUAUAAAUGGCGUAUAUAGUACAGUGUCAUUUAAAAACAGAGAAUUCAAAGUUAAGAGAUUUCUUGGUAUACCAUACGCAAUGGCACCUGUCGGAAAGUUAAGAUUCAAGAAACCGGAACCCGUUGAAAUGUUAUCACCGAAUCCGUUUCCGGCAGAUACAUUCGGAUCACCAUGUGCUCAGGUUGACAUGUUUGGUCAGAAAAUAGCAGAAAACUCGCUAACAGAAGAUUGUUUAUUUCUAAAUGUCUACGCCCCAGUUCAAGACCCGGACAAAGCGACGGGACAUGCUGUGAUGGUAUUUAUACAUGGUGGUGGGUUCUCGCUUGGCACAGGAAACACAUAUAUCGGUGACCGUUUAGCGUCUGUCGGUAACGUAUUAGUUGUAACUAUCAAUUAUAGACUUUGGAUAUGGGGCUUUUUGGAUUUCAAUGAUGAAAGAGCUCCAGGAAAUAUGGGCUUAUGGGAUCAACAGAUGGCAUUGAAAUAUGUGAAUAAAUACAUUGAAUCUUUCGAAGGGGACAAGGAUAGGGUCACAAUAUUUGGGCAGUCGGCUUGUGCGAUAAGCGUUGGUUUACAGGCCCUAUAUCCUAAAAAUAAAGGACUUUUCCAAAACGUUAUCGCAGAGAGUGGAUCUCCAACUGUCAUGAGCCUUGUCAAGAAUAUAAACGAAAACAUACAACCUGCAGCAUACUUGGCACAACUGCUAAACUGCAGAACUGAAAACAACGAGCAAGUGUUUGAGUGCAUUCAGAAAAGUGACAGCGAGUCUAUGUUUAAAGCGUUUAAAAAUGCUUUAGCAGGUUAUUUUGGAACAUUAUGUUCACACCCACAAUAGAUGGCGAAUUUCUGAAAAGUUCUCCUGCAAGACUUGUAGAACAAGCUAAAACUGAUGCUCCAGCUGAAGUAGAAUUUUUCAGAUCUUUGAGCUUGAUUAACGGGUUAAAUGGAGACGAAGGUGGAAUGUGGAUUCAGAUGAUAGAUGGUACAAAAGAAAGUUAUGAGGAUUUAAAGCUUUCCCAAGAAGACCUUGAUGAUAAAAUUAUACCGUCAAUACUGCCACUGGUUACGGCCUCGCGUAUCAAGGAUUCAAACGUGUUAAAGUCACUAAUAAGUUCGAAGUAUAAAGAAUGGAAAACCCCGUACGAGCCUAAAAACAUUGCAAAACAAGCUGUGAAACUAUUAGGAGAUAUAUACUUUACUGUUCCAGGUAUUGAAAUAGGCAGGUUACAUGUAAAUGGUUCAAUCUUCGGUAGUUAUCUGUACAGGUUUACUGCAGGGGUCGAACGACAUUUCAUACCUACCCCCAGCUGGAUGGAUUUAGGUAACCACGCUGAUGAGAUUGGACCAGUAUUUGGCUAUCAUUUAGACUUUGAUUGGUUUGGUGGCAUAAAGGGUGAAUACUCACCUCCUGAAUGGGAAUGGAACUUGUCUGAAAGAAUGAUGACGUUUUGGACAAAUUUUGCCAAAUACAGCAAUCCAAAUGGACAGGAUGGCAGUAACAGUUGGCCGAAAUAUACAAUUGAUCACGAGCAUUAUCUAAAUUUAGAUAGAAGAGAUCAUGUUGGACAAUACCUACACGCAGAUGAAGUGGAUUUUUGGCGGAAAAUAGUUCCGAUGGUGGAAGAAAAAUGCCAUGACGAUAAGUCGUCUGCAUUCUCAAGAAAGUCGUCUGAUACAUGUGAUGCGAAAGGGGGCUGCAAUUAAAGAUAAAAGGAUUAUUUUAAGAAACGCAGGCUCCUACAUUAAUUCGCAUCAAUCUACCUCCGUGAAUAUCAUGCAACUAUUUUAAAUAUGCUCCUUAACAAUAUUUGGAGGGGCCGAGGGCGGGCGCGAUGGUGACAACAGAUAGAAAUAAAAUUCCGUGGUAAAGCGUAAACGUAUUACGACACCAAAAAGGAUCAUUCAAAUGGAAAUGACGUCAACGUGAAAAAAAAAAAACUCAGAUAUUCCCGCGAAUUUCAUGGAAAUUUUAUGACGUUGAGGGAUAAUACAUUCAUUUAUUAGUUUUUUUUAUCGCGUGUCAUGCUAGAAUAGCGUUAGCGCGUGCUCAUUUCGUGUUAUAAGUUAUAACAGCUUCGAAAUCCCUCGGGAUAUGUUGGUAUCCUCGCCCUAAGGGCUCGGGCACCAACCAAUCCCUUGGGAUUCUGCAAACGUUGUAACACGAAAAAACAUGCGUUAUCCCUACAUUAAUGCAUUUUUGUUGUUAGACGUUCAAAGUAUAAUUUUCUCACUAAUUGUUUAGCGUGAUACCAGUAUAUUUAUCUGAAAUUAUCUUAUAAGAUCUUUGAAAAAAAAUCAAAGAUAUUUUGUAAUUCAAUCUAUGAUGAUACAUUAUAUCAUAAUAUGAUACAAAAUCACAGAGAACACUACGUGUUAUUUGCAUAUUUCUCUUUUAAACUUUUCUGAAAAUAACAAUGUAAUGAUUUAUAAAUUCAUCUCGAAAAACUUCAUUUAUUUCUCGUGUGUAUUUCUAGCUCUUCAGACUCAUUUUCAUGAAGGUUGUCUUGAAAGUGUUUUUGAUACUGUAACGCGAUUUAUUAUUAUUAUUAUUAUUAUUAUUAUUAUUAUUAUAACGGUCAGUUUGAUUUAACUUUAUUUUAAUAUCUAUAUAUCUUGAGAAAUUUAAUAUUUUCAUUUGAAUGUGAUGUAAAUGGACUGUUACAGGAAUGUUGGGACUAAGCCGGGGAUCUUCUUCAUAAGGUACUCAAGAAGCACUAUUUUCGUAAAUCUGCAACUAUCUUAUGGGAGCAUGUCAAAAUUGUAACAACUGCGAACGCAUUUAUAAAUAUCUGCUAAUCGUAAUAAGAAGUUAGUGCAUACUUGGUAGAAUGUGUUAAUCAUAUUCAUCGUCUAUUCUUUCGAAUGUGUAGAAAAAUCACUCUACUGCGUUAAUCACACUGUAAAAUAUAUGACAUAAGAUAGAAGAAAUUAUCAGUAUUAUACAGUUUACUGUACCGUCUAGACAUUCAACCCUACAAUAAACCCAUGAAAGGAAAAAGUAGACCUUCAUCAUCUUUCACUAUAUUUCAGCAUAACUGAAACGUUGUAAAAGUAGCACUGUUGGAUAUACGGAUACAAAAUACAAAUACAAUUUUUAUUUAAACUAUUAAUAAUCAACAUGAGCUAUGUACAGUUGUAUAAGAUAAAAAAAGAUGGAUUUAGUUUUUGUAACAUACAAGCUGGAAGUCGAUACGGUUAAAAGAAGGAUGAAUUUUAAAGAUACAGAUACAAGAUACGAUGUUUUAUAUA